ACUAGACGAAACGUCGUUCUUCAUUUGUUUCUUUAAGUGAAAUGGUUUGUUUUCAUGGCUGGGCGCCUGGUUUGUACUGUUACCAUUUGUUUCCUGUCCUACGGAUCAUGAAUCAUAAUGUUCGAUGCCAGAUUGAAGUGCUGCAAAAUACGGUGAAGUUAACCUGCAAGUCCGAAAUUGUCGGUAGACGUGCAUCGCAUAAUUUCGCCUACGAUGGGCAAAUUAAAAUCAAAUGGUUUCAUUGACAUUGACAAGAACUACAGGGAGGAAAUCUUUUAAAGAGAACAAGAAGCAAACAUACAACCAAUCGAUCUUUACUGACGUAAUAAUCUGCGGCACGGAGCAGUGACAAAAUUUACUUUUGGUUUUAUAACAUUUUUUGUGCACCGUUAAACCGUAAGAGAUUGCUGGCAGGACAACGCCCACUGCGAAUAUGAAAAUCAACGAAAAAAAUCUGUGCAUGUUUGCCACAACCCCACCAGUCGAUCUAGAAGGGUGGCUAAACAAGCGAGGCGAGAUGAACAAGAGCUGGCAGCGCCGAUGGUUUGUACUCAAAGGAAAUCUACUGUUUUAUUUCGAAAAGCGGGGUGACAAAGAACCGCUUGGAAUGAUCAUCUUGGAAGGUUGCACUGUAGAGCUGGCCGAAGAAGGCGAGCAGUACUGUUUUCAAGUCAUCUUCCAUGGUCCAAAUAAUCGCACGUACUAUCUAAGUACGGAAUCACAGUCUAACAUGGAGCAAUGGAUGAAGGCGCUCACCUGCGCCGGUUACGAUUAUAUGAAGCUGAUGGUAGCUGAGUUGCAGCGGCAACUGGACGAGAUUGAGGGACAGUGCCGGGAAAAAACGCCGGACACGACACCACUGCCACCCCCUAAGGCGCCUCCCAGACGACAGAAUCCUUUCAAUACACCCACACUAACCACCGAGUAUGCCUCAAAUGCAGCUUUCGGCAGCAUCAGCAGUGACAAAUCUUCGCCUCGGAUUAAUGGAACACCUACACAACAACCGCUUACAUUCAACCCUACGGGAGAUGAAUCAGGACUCGUGGAAGAUCCUUCGCCUUCGACUGUCGUCUUAGACUUCGUGGAACCGAAAACGGCCGCUACUGCAGCACACUUCUCAUGCAAAGAACUAUUGACACCGUCCUCGGUUAGCAUGCCAGUGACUAGCAUUGAUGGGCAUCUACCUAGCGUCCGAGACAACGGCAAACGGUCAACCAGUAAAGAAGGACGACGUGGUGGGUGUCUCGUACAAACAGAUGAGAAAGCCGAUUUAAAAAUUGGGGGAGAAAAAUCGAUAAAGAUUGAGGCCUCUGAGGACCAUUCGGACGGUGCCCAAAAGGAUAUCCUAUUAAGUGAUGUUUCAACCGCAGCAACCCAUUACUCUUUCGAAACGAUGCACUCGACUCUCGGGAUUCCCAUAUUAGCUGAUUUGAGCAAAUGGAAUGAAAACCUCCAGGUCCAGCACCAACAGAGCCAGCAACAACAGUAGGAAGAAGGAAGCAUUUAGCCAAUUCUUUUCAACGUUGUCGUUGUGCACGAGUAUUUUUUCGGCUAUGACUUCAUUUGCACUAAAAGUGUUCAUGGUGGAAGCAUCUAGAAUGACAAUUAUUUUCAAACAUGUUGGUACGUUCUGUUAACGCCAACGACGAACAGGAAGAAGGGAUAUGAAAAUUAAGCCACGCUUUAGUGCAAAUAUCGACAAUGUACUCCUGAAAAGAUUGAUUGUAUUGCGUAGAUGGAGAUUUUUUGUCAAAUUAUUGAUAGGGGAAUAUGACUAAUCAAAGGCAUAACUUCAAAAGUACGUCAUGUAUUCCAAUAGAUAUUUCAUGUUAUUAUUUUGGUUCCGCUGUUGUAUUUACAACAAAUACACUCAAAAAAUCAACGCUGGUAGAGUUUCCAUUGUAUUGGGGAACUGUUACUAACAUUGGAAGCAGACAGGAAGUUUUGCAGCAGGCAUGUUUUGCUUGCUUAUUUCGUCAUGUUACGUCGAAUUAAUCAUAUAAAUAAGAAAACCUGUGCUAAAAUACAACUAAUAUCGCAACUUA